AUGAAAAUAGUGGUAUUAAACAUUGUAGAUUUUGAUUAUUUAACAAAAUAUCAGUGUAUUUUUGAUUAUGAUGUUCUCAAAAAAAUCAAAUUCAUUACAGAAAAUGAAAAUCUAUCAAUUACUACACAACUAAAGUUAUUAAAAGCAAAGUUUCUUACUCUAUCUAUUCUUAAUUGUAAUCUUAUUAAUAUAAUACAAAAAUAUAAGGUUGAAGCAGAAGUAACGCAUGAUGCAUUUUAUUUAUUAAAAAAUCUUAUUCAACAUUAG